AUGUCAAAAAGUGAAGAAGUCAAGGUUGUGGAUCACGACAAAAGGGACAAUACCGUCCUUCCCACAAACGAUAUAACAAUACCCACAUCUCCCACAUCAUCAUCAUCAUCAUCAUCAUUAUCCUCCUCCUCCUCCUCCUCCUGCACCCCAGUUAACCACUACUCCAUCUUCCAUUACCUCAACCUAGCCUCCAAGAAAUUAGACUCCCUAGGGGUUGAAACUAGAGGAUUGGACCGCGUUUUACCCCACGAACGAUCCACAAACAAGACCAAGCUCCUAAUCAGCGUUGUUGGAUUUUGGUUUUCAGCAUGUGGUGGACUUUCAUCAAUGUCAUCGUUUUACCUUGGUCCUUUAUUAUUUGAACUUGGGUUACGCAAUACUUUAAUUGCUGGGUUAACUGGACACACUUUGGGGUGUUUUAUUGCUGCUUAUUGUUCAAUGAUGGGGCCACGAUCAGGGUGUCGUCAAAUGGUUAGUGCGAGAUUCCUUUUUGGAUGGUGGUUUGUGAAACUAGUGGCAUUAGUUAACAUUAUCGGUGUCACUGGUUGGUCGGUGGUGAAUUGUGUUGUUGGGGGUCAAAUCUUGGCUAGUAUAAGUGAUGAUAAAGUUCCAUUAUGGGCCGGGAUCGUUAUUAUUGCUGGUGUCACUAUCUCCGUGGCAAUUGGUGGAAUAAAGCAAUUGAUGAGGGUAGAGGCGCUAUUAAGUGUUCCUGUGAAUUUGGCAUUUUUGUUGUUGUAUAUUGUUGCUUCACAGAAGUUCCAGUACUUGACUUUAGAAGACGCCAUAGUGGAUUCAGCAACCAUCAAAGGUAACUGGUUGAGUUUUUUUUCCCUAUGUUAUUCAAUAACGUCAACUUGGGGUGGAAUCGCAUCCGAUUACUACAUCUUAUUUCCAGAAUCUACUCCCGAUUACCAAGUGUUUUGUAUUACAUUAUUGGGUAUUUUCAUCCCCACUACAUUUGUCGGUAUUGCCGGUUUACUCAUUGGUAAUGUUGCUCUUGGGUACAAGCCAUGGGGUGACGCAUAUGCGAAAUGGGGCAUGGGCGGAUUAUUAAAUGAAGCUUUCAAACCAUGGGGUGGUGGUGGCAAGUUUUUACUUGUAAUCAUUUUCUUGUCAUUGAUUUCAAACAAUAUUCUCAAUACGUAUUCGGCAGCGUUUGGAUUACAAUUGGCAGGUACGGUGUUUGCUAGGAUCCCCCGUUGGUUAUGGGCCAUUGGCAUCACUGCUGUGUAUUUAGUGGCGGCAUUGGUUGGAAGAAAUGAGUUUUCAACAAUCUUGGGUAAUUUCUUACCCAUGAUUGGGUACUGGAUUUCAAUGUAUUUCAUAUUAUUGUUGGAAGAGAAUACCAUUUUUAGGACAAACAGAUUCCACCACUUAUAUGAAUUGGAAUUUGCCGAGGAUGGAUCGUAUGAUGCACCAUCUUCAGUUGACGACUACAAUAAAGAAUAUCAAUUUGACAAUACAAAUGCAACACUAGCACAACCUCAUCAUUACAAUUUCAAAAUAUGGAAUGAUUACUACAAAUUAACUCACGGAUGGGCAGCUGCUGCAUCGUUUUUAAUUGGCGCUACUGGUGCUGCUGUUGGCAUGUCGCAAACUUAUUGGGUUGGUCCGGUUGCGCGUAGAAUUGGUGGUGAGUAUGGUGGUGAUAUUGCCAUGUGGUUGUGUAUGGGAUUCAGUGGCAUUGUUUACCCAGGGUUACGGUAUGCUGAGUUGAAAUAUUGCAAAAGGUAG